AUGGCCGAUUUCUCAGAGUAUACUACGCCCCAUGAAGAAUGGCUCGAGUUGGAGAAAUCACUCCCGGAUAUCCCCAAGGGUUUGAGCAUAGAGCAGCUGAAGGCGGCGGCAAAUCGCGAUCGCGAGGCUAUGGCUGCGAAGGCUAUGGUUGAGGAAGAUCUGGUAUCGCAGGUGUCCAUGCAAGAUUACACUAUCCCGACGCGCGACGGAGAGUCGCUCGAAGCUCGCACUUACCGGCCGUCGUCGGUGCCUGCUACGCAGCGGUUACCGGUUUUUAUCUUUUACCAUGGUGGUGGGUUUAUCAUGGGUACUCUGAGUUCGGAGGAUGCGAUCUGCUCGCGCAUUGUCGUUGCCCAGGUGGCUGCGGGAUCUCCCGUGGUGGUGGUCAAUGUGAAUUACCGUCAUACCCCGGAGUACACGUAUCCGACCGCAUGGAAUGAUGCAGAGGAUUCCUUUCACUGGGUCCAUGACCAUAUUGGUGAUAUCGGCGGCGAGGCGGAGAACGUGGUCGUCGGGGGCAUUUCGGCGGGGGCCUAUCUGACGGCGUCUUUGACGCUGGGGCAGAACAUCGGGAAGGAUGUAUCGUUGGCUCAGAGGCCGAAGGUCCGGGGCCAGGUGCUCAUGAUCCCGGCUCUUGUUACGGAGGACUGUUAUGCGUCGCUGGUUGCGCAGCUUCGUGAUCCCUCUGUCUCGAGUUAUGUGGAGUGCGAGCAUGCGCCGAUUCUCCCCGUCAGCAGGAUGCGUUUGUUUGGACAGUUGCUCAAGCCGGAGGUGAAUGGGUCGGAGUUGGGAGCUGAUAGACGCAUUAAUCCGGGGCUUGCGACGGCGGACGAGGUCAAGGGAUUGCCGCCUACGACGUUCGGAAUCGCAGGGAGGGAUCCCUUGAGAGAUGAAGGGCUGCUGUUCGCGAUGUUGCUGGCCGAGAAUGGGGUGCCUACCGAUGUUAAUGUCUUCAAAGGGCUGCCACAUGGGUUUAGACGAUAUGGAAGUAAAUUGUCUGCAUCGAAGAAGUGGGACGAGGUUAUGGCCCAGGGUAUCCAACAUGCAUUGAGCGAUCCGGUGGCUGGUGAAUUUGUGAUUAAGGCUCAUUGA